AUGUCCUUUGUCGACCUCAAACACAUCCCCUGCCCUGCCGGAGACAGGUGCACCGCAUUCCAGUGCCUCUUCCAGCAUAAAGAUGACAGGGAUAAGUUGGCGGCUCCUUCAGUCCCGGCACUUAACACGUUAGCAACGUCGGCCAAGAGGCCAACGGAUACCACGACGGAUGCAACCCAGGAUGGCCCUCGGAAACGUCUGAAGGCUGCUCAAGACGUCAAGGACCCCACCAAUCCUGCAAGAACACCUCCUUCUGUCAAACUCGCCUCAAAACAUGACACCACCACAUGGAGACCAGAUGACACUUCUUCAACUCUCGCCCGGCCCAUCUCACCUCCACCUUUAAAUCGCCCAUCCUCCUCCUUCCCGGCCGGGAAGAAGCUGCCCCAGUCCAACCUAUCCGCACCUUCCUUCGCUUCGUCUGACCUCAAAAAGCCGUUAAAUCACUCUGCUCCCACUAGAUCCUCUCCUUUAACUGCAGUGAAUCACCCGCCCAAACGCAAUAGCAGCACCUCAUUCACUACCUCUAAUCUAAACUCAACUUCAGCCCAGCAAGGCACCACUUCUCUGAACACUCCUUCAACACCCACCACAUCCAACACCGAGCAACCACCUAAGCCCAGAAAGCCAGAGGCUCUUACCCCUCGUUUACUCAAAUCAUCCCCAGCCAAGUUCGAUAUUCGAUACAAGCUCGUGCAGAUGCUACACGGCGAAUAUACUCGCCUCAACAACGAACUCAAGAAGACCGCCAAAGACGCCGAAGAGAAGCAACUCAUUCUCACAGACCAAGACCUCAUCUGGAGAGUCCUUGACGAAGAGGAGACCACCGCUAUCGAGAAAGGCGCCAUCUACUCAAACGUAAUCAAGAACAAAAUCAUGCAGUACAAGAAGAUGACACUGCUGCAGUGGAAGGACGAGAGGGUCGUCCACUGCCAUCAGCAGACCCAGAAAGGCCCUCACAAGAAGCCGCUUGGGUCUCCCAAGAAGAUUGUAACUGGGCUGACACCUGCGCAAGAGGUCCAGCUUGUGCGCCACCUCGUCACCCCCAUUGACGGUCUCGCCGCCCAUGGCUACGUUUCGUCCGUUCCUACCGAGGCCGACAUCAACAAGGCCCGUGAGGGUCUCGAGGCCGCCAAGGGCUGGGAGAAGUGUGACCGCUGUGACAAGCGCUUCCAGAUGUUCCCUGGCAGAAGAGAAGAGGACGGUGCCCUUGCUUCCGGCGGCACUUGCACUUUCCAUUGGGGCAAAACCUACUUCCCCGAGCGCCAACUCGGCGACAGAUCCAAGCAACAGAAGCGCUACCGAUGCUGCGGUCAGGCAGUUGGAGACUCCGCCGGCUGCUAUACCAACCCUCAUCAUGUCUUCAAAGCUUCAGAUCCCAAGCGACUGGCCACCAUCCUCAACUACGCCGAGACGCCUGCAAACCCUCAUGCACCUUCCGAUAGAGCUGUGUGCUUCGACUGCGAAAUGUGUUAUACGGUUCACGGCCUCGAACUCGUCCGUCUCACAGCCACAGCUUGGCCUACUGGAGAAGAGUUGUUGGACGUCCUCGUCCAACCGGUCGGCGAGAUUCUAGACCUCAAUUCACGAUAUUCGGGUGUUUGGCCUGAAGACAUGGCGUCUGCAGAGCCAUGGUCCGCCAAACGAGAAGACCCUACCCCCGCACAAGCCAAGAAGAUGGCUAGUCCCAAGAAGACCAAGAAGAAGAUGAAGAUUGUAUCAUCUCCCGAGGUGGCACGCGACCUCUUCUUUUCUCUCAUCGCUCCCGACACCCCUCUCAUCGGCCACGGUCUGGAAAACGAUCUGAACGCCGUCCGCGUCGUACACCCCACAGUCAUUGACACGGUCCUUUUGUUCCCCCACAAGCACGGCCUCCCGUAUCGCCAGGGUCUGAAGAUGCUCAUGGACAACCUCCUCAACCGCAAAAUCCAGGUUGAGACAGCCGGCAAGGUCCAAGGUCACGACAGUGCGGAGGACGCUAGGGCUGCGGGUGAUCUUGUUCGUUUCAAGCUCUUGGAAGAAUGGAAGAGCAUGAAGCUCAAGGGCUGGAAGCUGAAGGGCAAUGAGUUUGUGCCACCUGGCGGAAAGGUGGACGACUUCCAUGACCAUCUGACAGUGGAGUUCCUUGAGUCUGCCCUUUAG